AUGUCAGACCCAAAACCCAGACUAGUCUGUUGCAUCGGUGACGUCCACGGCUUCCACACCAAGCUCCAAAAUCUCUUGUCCAAUCUCGAAAUCUCCAUUCCUUCGUCAGACUUCGCCACCGCCCUUGUCAUCUUCCUUGGUGAGUACUGCGGUCGCGGCCCAGACACCAACGAAGUCCUUGACUUCUUCGUCGUCCUCCCCUCCAUAUACCCACGUCAGAGAGACGUCUUCAUCGCCGGAAACCACGACUUAGCCUUCGCCGCCUUCUUGAGAGUCCUGCCUCCGCCGCCGGAUGGGUCCGAGUUCGAGGACAGUGAAGAGACCAGACACCAACGAAGGAAACCACAAACGAAGAGACCAGACACCAACGAAGUCCUUGACUUCUUCGUCGUUCUCCCCUCCAUAUACAGACGUCAGAGAGACGUCUUCAUCACCGGAAACCACGACUUAGACGUCAGAGAGACGUCUUUAAUGUGCCGCGGCUAA